UCAGUCAAUUUGUCUCGUCGCAUCUCUCCGUCAGAACACAGGCGCAUCUGUCUGCAUAUACUAGAUAUAUUCGCCACGUGUGUCAGCUCCCCUUGGCACACAUACGUCCACACAGACAGAAGGCCAGCCAUACGCACGCAUUUCCCACGCUCAUGUGUGUUGUGUACUCACUGGAAAAAUCCACCGAUGUCUCUUCUCAUCCGGUCAGUGAGUGUGUCCGUGUGCCGUCUGCGCAGCAGGGGCGUUCCCUCGUCAGCACCGGUGACCCCCCCCAGAAAGACCCCUGGCUUUAGGGCUCCCACUGGAGGAGGUGCGUCGAUACGUGUCACAGAUGAGUCGAAAUGAGAUGGGAGCCCUCUGUGCCGGCCGAGCAGCAUGACGAAGCACAGCACCAGCUUCGAAAAGGUCGACAAAGAGGCGGAGAGGGCGAGGUUGGUGUCGCUGAUGGAGAGGCCGACGGUGCCAUAGGCGCUGAUGACCUCAAAGAGGACGGCGAACAGCUGGUUGUGGUGAAGCAUUUGGUUGUCGGCGAGAGUGAUGACGAGGACACACAUGUAGAUAAUGGACGUGUCCUUGAGACACAAGGCCAUCAGCCGUCGGGCGGGGGUGAGCAUUUGGUGGUCCCCCGCUGCGGCGAGCUCGGCCACACUCACAACCUGCACAGGGGCGUACUCCAGCACCAGGGACCGCCUUUGUGCGUCUUGUCGCAACUUGAUCGAUGCACUCGUCCUGAGAGUCAGCUAGAGCACACACACACACACACACACACACGCACACGCGCACACACGCGACACAGAGGGAGACAAUCGUCAAAUCCUGCUGCACCCGUGCGCUGUUACAGCGUCACUAACCUCGAAUGGGUAUACAGCGACGAACAUCAUAAACACCCACACCACGAGCAUCCCCGUGGAGGUCUGGCCAAUGUCCACAGCGUUGAACCCCGCAGUUCUGGUCGACACGCUCUGAAAAAAACCCACCAGCCACUCGUCGCUCUUGCUGAAACCCGGGAACUUGCCAACGGCAUUGGUCAGCACGAACAGAGCAAAUUCUCCGCUCGUGAAGGUCACCCAAGUCGCCAGCAGGAGGGCCGUCUCAUAGGAGGGGAACAGGUGUGUGCUGCAUUGCCGUGGGUGGUGCCAAAGGAAGUCGAGGUCUUCCCGGGCCUGUUUGUUGCGCGUGACGCCGCGAAGGGCCCACAGGAUGAAACGCAGAGCGAAAGGAAUGCCCGUCUGGAGAGAGAGAGACAUGUACACAAAUGGAUUGUGUCCGUCCAUUGUAUGAUUGAUUGAGGCUUUGUUGUCUCACCUGUCCGCCCACAAUGAGCCAGCAGAUGACCAAAAGCACACCCCGGUCCUUGGCAAAGAGCACAAGGUUGUUGGACAACAGCGUAAGCCCUGCAACCAGCCCAACAAUUCCCUUGAUAAACAAAACAAGACGGGCCGGGCAUCCCUUUCCUUCUCCCUCUUGUGUGUGGUCCGUGACCCACCAGCAUUGUUGAAGGCCGCCACUGUCGUGAAGCACGCGAAGAGCAACGGGUCAACCGGCAAUGGGUUCCUGCGCAGAGUCGGCUGGGACAGAAAGUAGAGCAGCGUUGCCCCAAUCACAAGAGAGCAUAUCAGAUAGCAGAAGAUGAUGACUGUCAGCCGUCCGAGAGCCCGGUACUCCCUCAGCUGCUCGGCCGCCUGUUCUUGUGCCUUCAUCCUCACGGGCCGCCAGAGGCAGAGCUCUGAAAGGAACGUCACUUUCUCCACACUGUGCGCUUGGCGGAACCACAAGCGGCGCAGGAGAAGAGGAGGCUGCACAUGCAGUGGACACAUUCACACGCACAAAGAGAAGCAGAGAGAGACAAACGACGCUGCAUGCACCUGAGAAAGACCUCAUACCAGAGCCAUGAAUGUCUGUCCGCCGGUGAAGAGCAGCAGCAUGAUGCACAGCUGGCUCGCGAGUGUGAAUCGGUAGAGGCUGACCACCGCCAGGCCAGUGCCGCUCAUGGCCGACACGCACAUGAAGAACGAGUCCACCCACGUGAGGCCGCUGUGCUUGGCCUCUAUGUGCAGCAGCAACAGGGAGGCUCCCGCACAGGCCAGGAGGAAGUAGAGGAAGUGGCAACGAUAAUACGUCACCAGCAUGAAGGAAAGGAGUGCAUUUGCAAUGCCAACCCUUUUGUCGGUCGGGGGAAGAAGGAGCAGAGAGAACUUGAA